UUCCGCAUUCAAACACGCACAGUACACAGAACAACAUGGCUGCAGUAGGCAGCUUAGUGAACAGUUUAGCUUGUCUUUGGAGACAGCCAUGUACCCGUACUUAUUUACCGCAUUUGUUCUUUUGUAUUUCGUUUACAGGGUCGGUUUUGAAAAUGAUGGGCCUCGUGCCGGAGAGCUACUUCAGUAACAGCAGAAAUGUUUUAAAUCUAUAUUUUGUGAAAGUUUCUUGGGGAUGGACCAUUGUUUUACUUGUGCCUUUCAUCUAUUACUCCAACCUGUACAAAAAAAGCCACACAUUUGUGUUGAGGCGGCUGACGUCACUAGUGGUGGCAACAUUGAUUUGGUACACCUGCACUGAGACGUUUUUCUACAUUGAAGACAUUACCGGUAUAUGCUACGAGUCAGACACCAUGCAAAUCAGCCGUGGUGAAAUACCAACAAAAGCAGCGUGCAGGAAGGCCGGAUUCAUCUGGGAUGGAUUUGACAUAUCAGGACACUCCUUCAUCUUGACUUACUCUUCUCUUGUGAUUGUGCAAGAAAUGGUGCCCAUGUUACACAUACCGCGGAGUGACAGAAACAUUCGUCUUGAAUGUCUUUAUAUAGCACUCAAUGCGAUUGUUGCCAUCUGGAUAUGGAUGUUCGGAUGCACUUCAGUGUAUUUCCAUGAUAUCAUAGACAAGAUUCUAGGGACGUCGUGCGGGAUAUUAGGGUGGUACGUGACUUAUGUUGUUUGGUACCCGAUGCCUAUUUCCCCAGGUCUCCCUCCACAGGAAAAACAACAUGCUUAGUGUGAGAACCUAAUGCUACAAUGCACUACAACAAGCUACACAUAUCUGCACUGUUUAUGUUUUGUGAGAUCAAGUGAGGCGGUAGGCAGCUGGUGUUCCUAAAAUGACAAUCUGAAAUCUGAGAGGUCACAUCUGAACCUUAUUGUUGCCUUCAAAUGUUUGUGGCUUCGUACAGAACUGGAAUAGUAAACCUGACAAUAAAUUUAGCUUUUACAGUAGUCUGCUGCUGCUUUCUGUAAUCAACCUGCAACCAUCAGCUUUUAAUAGUAAAUAUAUAAAGUUUUAUCCCCUUGACACUAAUAUUUUAAAUAUUUAUCGGGCUAUUUAUUGAUUUUAAACAAAGUCAGAGAAUUACAGUGUAAUGUAUUUGUGUAAAAUAUAUAUUUACAUUGUGUUUUAAUAGGACCAUUUUAUGUGUUCUGUUUGAAUGCCAAUUUACUGUUCGUUCAUACGUGCCAUUGUUAGAUUAGUCGUUAGCAGUUGUUGUCAUUCCUCAUGUGACUGAAUGUUAAGCGUCUGAUCAGUUUGUCACAGGAAAACGGACACAAAAAGGAUCUAAAAUAUACUGUUUGCAAUAUUAUAAGACUGCCUAGGGACUGGAUUGAUAUUUAAGUGAACAUUUGGCUGUAUUUCUUACAGGUUUGAGGAACAAUGCAAAUUAGAUGUAAAAUAAUUCCACAAUACAAACAAUGGGACAUGCUGGUUAUGGAGGGCACAUCCAUUAGUCAUUUCAUGCGUGUCAAUUAAAAAUGUUUUUGAACAAUUAUCAUUGCGAUUAUGCUUGUUGUAAUACAUCAGUGUUCCAAAGAAAGCAAGCAGCAACAUGUUAUUAUGUUGAGUUACUGUACUGUAUCCAUUUUGAACUGUGUUGACACCAAGUUCUUAGUAUAACAACACAUCACCGAGAUGUGCUUUUAUUUAAUUCAUGGUGUUUGAAUUAAUAAAUAGCUUUGAAC